UUAAAAAAUCCAACCAAUUAUUACUUAAUGAAUUUAAUGUUAGUCGAUCUAAUUAUACUAUGCUUCAAUAUACCAAUCGUUAUAAUUACAGAGAUUAUGCAAGAUAAUUUACAUUACACUAUGGGCCAGACCAUGUGUAAGUUAUCGCAAAGUGUUGCAGCAGCUAGUGUCUACAUUAUGAGUUUUAUAUUAGUGGCCAUUAGUUUGGAUCGCUAUAUGGCCGUCAAACACCCAUUAAAACGGCGCUUAAAUGAUUUUUGGACGGCCUUUAUUAUAAUUAUCUUAUGGUUAUGUGCUUUCAUUCUAGUUAUACCUGAAUUUAUUUUUUUGGAAGUUAAAAGUUUCUCUAGCACCAUGACUCUUUGCACACGUCGAUGGCCUGAUCUUGAUCGAUUUGGAAGUAGUCGUAAUUAUAUGAUCUAUAUGAUUUGCAUUACCUUCAUUGGUUUUAUCAUACCGUUAAUAGUGAUGAUUUUCACUAAUGUCCAGAUAACCAUGAUAGUCCGGCGAUCAGGUUCCAUCGUUGGAGGAGCAACUCAUAAUCAACGUUUAGAUAAAACUAAACAUCAUGUUCUGGUUAUGGUUAUUACAAUUGUCAUCAUUUAUAUCCUAUGUUUGACGCCC